ACACGUCCUUGUGGAGGAAGGCCGCUGAUUCGGCGGUCCAAAUGUGGGACGAGGCGGCCGGCAGGUGCGCGCUCCCGACACCGAGGUGCUGCCUGGGAGACGAAUUGGACGGGACUGCAGCCCGCCGCGCUUUAUGAGGAGGAGAGUGACUGUCCCGAAUCUCUCAUCAUGGUAGCCCAUGAAAAACUGGCCCACCUCCACUGAGACAACUCCCGCCUGAUAGGCGGCAGAGAUCGUGUCGCCUGCCUUGUAGAGAUGUAUUGACGCGCAAGGAGAUCACUUUCAGUAUCUUCUUUAAAUGUACCCCAAGCAUUCAACCGCUGCCUGAUCUGACCCAUUUAGCGGAGAAUCACUCCUGGAACGUUAAUCACAAGCUGGUCUUGUGACUGGUAUUCAAGGUCCAUAAUUGAAAAGACGACGGGAUUACUUAAUUCUUUAAUAAGAGGUUAUCAACUGUAUAGCAAAAAGGAAUAGAAGCCAAGCUGCAAAAUGACAGCUACAGUACCUCCAGAAGACAAAUACAAAGCUGUCUGGCUCAUUUUCUUUAUUCUUGGAUUAGGAACACUGCUGCCAUGGAAUUUCUUCAUGACUGCCACCAUGUAUUUCACCGAACGUCUGGCAACUCCUCAGGUUGAGGGGUUAGCCAAUACCACUACUAAUGGCACCAGUCUCAACUACCUGCAAUCAAAAUUCAGCAAUGUUAUGACACUCUGUGCCAUGGUGCCGCUUCUUGUGUUUACCUGCCUCAACUCCUUUCUCCAUCAAAAGAUUCCACAGAAAAUUCGUAUUAUGGGCAGUCUGUUUGUCAUUCUGCUGGUGUUUGUUCUUACAGCGGCGUUUGUCAAGAUUCCCAUUCCUGCAGUUGAAUUCUUCACUUUAACUAUGAUCAAAAUUGUUUGUAUAAAUUCUUUCGGAGCAGUCCUCCAAGGCAGUCUGUUUGGGCUGGCGGGUCUGCUACCUGCGGCUUACACCACUCCUAUAAUGAGUGGACAGGGUUUGGCUGGAACCUUUGCUGCCUUCUCCAUGAUCUGUGCCAUUGCAAGUGGAUCUGAAUUACAGGACAGCGCCUUUGGAUAUUUCAUCACAGCGUGCGUGGUGAUCAUUAUUGCCAUUUUUUCUUAUGUCGCCCUUCCCAAAAUGGAAUUUUUUCAGUAUUAUGCAAAUAAAGACAGCAGUCCCUCAGGUGCCAAUAGUGAAGCGAACAACAGGCUGGAUCUACUAAAGAAUGACAGUACCAAUGGGAUUGAGAAAAACAUGCCAGAAGAACACAUCACACCAACUGUUUCAGUAUUUGCAAUUUUUAAAAAGAUCUGGGUAAUGGCCCUUUCAGUGUGUUUUGUGUUCACAGUUACUAUUGGAGUUUUUCCUGCAGUCACAGUGGAUGUCAAGUCCAGCAGUGAAGAAAAUAGUACUUGGAGUAAAUAUUUCAUCCCAGUUUCUUGCUUCCUGUUGUUCAACUUGUGUGACUGGGCUGGAAGAAGCCUCACUGCUUUUGUCUUGUGGCCAGGAAAAGACAGCCUGCUGUUGCCCAUCAUGGUCAUUGGAAGGGUGGUCUUUAUCCCCCUGUUUAUGUUGUGCAAUGUGUUGCCAAGAAGUCAUCUACCUGUUUUCUUCUUACAUGACGCCUGGUAUAUUAUCUUCAUGAUCCUCUUUUCCUCAACCAAUGGAUAUCUGGCCAGCCUCUGCAUGUGCUAUGGACCAAAGAAAGUGUCAUCGCAUGAGGGGGAAACUGCUGGUGCAAUCAUGGCCUUCUUCUUAUCUCUAGGGUUGGCACUGGGAGCUUCAACAUCUUUCCUCUUCCGUGUAGUAGUAUAACUGGAAUUUCUUCAAGUCUGAAGAGAACAGGACAUUUCCUAUUUCUACUCAUCAUCACCGAACGAGACCCUUAAAUUAUAGUUGGAUGGAUUGACACAAUUGUAUUAGUUUUUUUUUUUUGUAUCACUUUCAAUUAGGGCACAGUGGUGGACACUACUGCCUUAACACUCCUAGCACCUGGGUUAGAAAACUGCCCCAAUGACUAAAUGUAUGGGAGUUUGCAUGUUCUCCCUGUGCUCUCAUUGGGUUCCUCCCUCCUCUCAAACCUGUGCAGGUUAGGUUAACUGACAAUCUGAAAUUAGCCCUGAGUGACUGUGGGUGUAAGCACAAGUGAGCCCUACAGUGGACUCAUACUCAGUAUAGCACUGGUUCCCAUAAUGCACCUAGUCCAGCUGAGACAGGCUCUGUCAGCUCUUGUGCUCUAACGUUGGAACGAGUGAAUGAAUAGAUUAUGUUAGUGUGGCUACCUUACAGCCUAAGGAGUCAGGUUUAAACCUAGGCCUGUUUAUUAUCUGUAUGUUUUCUGUUGCUUUCCCAGGUCCCCCAAAAUCCUAUAGACGUGUUGGUUCUGUUAAUUGGUAAACCUAAAUUAUGCCAGUGUAUGUGUGUGUGUCCAUUUGGCAGACUGAUAGCUUAUCCGGGGCUUGUUCUUGCCUUGUGCCCGAUGUAGUCAGAAUAGGCCUUGACCAGUUGCAAUCCUGUAUUGGAAAAAGAGUGUUUGAAAACACGUCUGUUAGCCACUCUGUUUUUGAAGAACUAUAGAGCACAUGGAAGUGCAGUCAAUUUCUAAAUGGAAGAAAGUGUCACAUCUUAUAUGAAACAUGAAGUACUUGAGGUCAGGGUGUCUUCUACUCAUUCAUCUAUAGGGUGGUCCAGAUCUAAUUAUGCAAUUUUCAUCAAGCUAUAACUUAUUAAGUUUAUUAGAUAGAAAAUCACCCGAAAA